GUAUCCCGAAUCUCACACAUGCCAGAAUAACGCUGAGCCACUGGAUUUUUACAAUACGGAAGAACUCAGCCAUGCAUUGCAGGCAAUGGCUGUUGAGGAGCUGAACUGAUGUUGUGUGCAUGGACUGUCUGCUCUUUACAAAUCUGUGUCUGUCAAGAUGUGUGGAUAUAUCUCUGCAAUAUCUCUGCAAGUGUGGUUGACACUGAUGUUGCUCUCUCGACUACAAGGCAAGGUCCUUGCACCACCUCAUCUGCAGGCGAUGGCUGAACUUCCCUUCAUGCUAGCCUGUAAUAUUACCAUGGAGACAGGAGAGGUUUUAAAACAAGUACUGUGGUUAGACAUGGCAAAUAAAACUAUACUACACUAUCAGCCUGAUAAGAAUGAUCAUGUCACCAAAGUGGAUGGAGUCGAGCUUUCACAGCAAACCACAGGUCAACAAGCUCACACCAGCGUCAUCACCAUCAGAAGAGCCGCGCCAGCCAACGAGGGCUGCUACCAGUGUCUUUUUGAUGUGUACCCAACCGGGCAGCAGAGAGGAAGGACAUGUCUUUCACUUACGGCGAUGGUGGAAAUGAUGGACAAUAAAACAGUUGUGAGCGGAAAGCCUCUUACUCUUUCGUGCAAGUAUGUUCUCAGUAAGCGAGUCCGGCAGGUUUUAUGGAAAAAAACAGCUGAGCAAGGGGACACCGCCACUGUUGCUUCUUAUGUCAAGAAUGACAGACCCAUCAUUGAGACCCCUUUCAAGGGUCGGAUCACUCUAAAUCCAUCACUUGGGCAAACCAAGCUCUCCAUACACCAGGCUCAGACAGAGGAUGAGGGCUGCUACACUUGCGAGUUUCACACGUAUCCAGAUGGCAUUAAGAGCGAGACAGCUUGUCUGUCUGUUUAUGUCCUACCCAAACCUGAGGCAAGUUACGUCACCGUAUCAGAGGACAUUGUUGAGGCGAACUGCUCAGCCGUGUCACGUCCUGCAGCAGAGAUCUCCUGGAACGUGGAGGGUCAUAAUCAAACAAUGGGCCCUGCUGUCACAUCAUUUUACCAGCUAGGGGACGGCACCACAAUGGUGGUCAGUUCCAUUCAAAUGCAGGCUGAGCUACUGGACGAUGAACUUGUGAAGUGUGAAGUUCGUCACCAAGGCCUUGAGUCUGCAAUCUAUGUGUCUCUGAAUAAAUAUAGGAACUUCCAUGUCAUUCCCAUUUCAGCCAGCUGUGUGGCCCUUGUGCUGCUCAUAUGUCUGUGUAUCUGCCUGAAGAGGUGCUAACUUCACCUGCUGAUAUGAAUCUGCAGGUCACCCGAGAGGGUCAAAAAAGGAAAAAAGCAUUUCAUAUUUGUUUAAACCAAGGCAGCUAGAUCUGCACAAGAGGCCUCGGGGAGUGAAAAAAAAAAGUGCCUCAGGUCACACAUACGGGAAGUCAGAUCAUUCUGUUCACGUUGUGUUCAUUGAGUCGUCCUCUUAUUGCUCUUUACUGCACUAAACACAUGACUUCUAAUCAGUGAAGUGGUCCUAAAUUUCUUCUGCUCAGUUGUGAUUUCUGCUUUGAAGCUUAUUGCUUCAGAAAGUUGCACUAAAAUAUGUUUUGU